CGAGUACAUCCAGCUCACACAGGGAUACCACCAAACAUAUUGUAUACGUUUUAAAAUAUAUUUACUUGUGCUUAAAAGUAGUUCAUUUUGUACACGCGGAAGUGACUACAUAAUAAUCUAAAUAUCAGCUGCAAGAGCUUCAGCAAAGUUAUCAGAGAGACUCGGUGAACCUACAAACCGUAUCAAGCAUCUUUUCAAGGCGUCAAACACCACGCAACCAAUUUAGGAUCAAAUAUUAAUCAAUUAAGUGGUCAGAGCAAAUACAAGUGUUGACUUUCACAUAUUACACAUCAUGGCUGAAUACUUAGCGUCCAUUUUUGGAACAGAGAAGGAUAAGGUCAACUGCCCAUUCUACUUUAAAAUUGGUGCCUGUCGACAUGGUGACAGAUGUUCACGCCAGCACAACCGGCCUACAUUCUCGCAAACCGUUCUGUUGCAGAACUUCUAUCAAAACCCAGAAAACGUUCCGAAAAAUCCGGAUGGCACGCCAGGUGUAAAUUUAUCUCCUUCAGAGAUACAGACAUAUUUUGAAGGUAUGU